UCCAAACAGCUGCCACCGCCAGUACGCGAGACACGCCCGCCUCCCGCCCCGCUCCCUGCCAUGGACGGCUUCGACGACCUCCUCUCCCGCUCUGGCGACGUCCUCGACAACCCCUUCGCCGAUGCCCGCUCCGCUUCUCCGGAUCCCUGGGCCAGUUACGGCCAGCCCUCCGUCGUACGCGAUGACGAGCACGCCGUUUUCCUCGGUACGCGCAGCACCACCCCGACCCUAGAGUCUCCUGGCUUCACCGAUUCCGCCGGCUUCCAAUAUAGCGCGUCCGACGCGAAUGUUUACGACGACCACUAUUCUGCUCAACACUCGGAGGAAACGGGGCCGCAGACACCUACCGCAGAUGAGGCUGAGGUCGAGUCGCACACGCCCACCCCUCCUGCGCUCGCGUCUCCUGGGUUCCGGGAGAGCGUCCCCCUCUCCAUUGACGAGCUCACUCAGCCGGCAGACGACAAACCUUUGCGGGAGCCCUCACCACCACCUGCGCAGCCAGAGGUACCAGAGUCGCCUACACCUCCCGCUACCGCACCCGCGACGUACGGCUCCUUCGUCGGACACGCGUCUCGUCCGUCCAAUGCAUCUACCUUCCGCGCUGAACCCACAUAUCACUCUCCUCUUGGUCAGACUUCCACCGCUGGCAUUGACUCGUCUCUUGCCGGGCUCUCUAUGAGCGGCGAAGCCUUCAAUGGAUGGCAGAACGAGGCAAACACGUAUCCUACCUCGCCCCAGUCUAUCACCGGACCCUCGCACUCGCAGAGAAGUCGCAGUGACUCAGACUCGUCUGAUGACGACCGACCCAUCCUGCAGUCCGCGAGGCUGGCGAACCGGAUACCGCCCGCACAGGCGUCAAGACCCGCCGCGCAGAGGACGGAGAACGGCCUGCCUCCAGCCUUCGUUAUCACCGUCGACGACCCUCAAAAGGUCGGCGACCCCAUCCGUGCGUACACCAUGUACACCGUGCACACGAAAACUACCUCCCCCCUCUUCAGCAAGUCCUCUUUCUCCGUCCUGCGGCGCUACUCCGACUUCCUCUGGCUCUACGAGACGCUCUCGCAGAACAACCCCGGCGUCGUCGUCCCGCCCGUGCCCGAGAAGAACCCGUACCGCCGCUUCGACCAGGGCUUCGUCGAGCAGCGCCGGCUCGCGCUCGAAAAGUGCAUGCAGAAGAUCGCCAACCACCCCGUGCUCCAGAAGGACGCCGACCUGCGGAUGUUCCUCGAGAGCGACACCUUUUCGUUGGACGUCAAGCAUCGGAAGGCGGAGCUUGGUCAGGAGAAGGGCUUCAUGGCGUCCCUUGGCCAGUCUAUCGCAGGGCCGAGGUUCUACGAGACAGAUGAGUGGUUCGACCGGCAAAAGGCCUACCUUGACAGCCUCGAGUCGCAACUGCGCGGCCUAGUGAAGGCCAUCGACAUGGUGGCUAAACACCGCUCCGAGGUCGCGCUCGCCACGGGCGAGUUCGCGCAGACGAUCACAGACCUAGCCUCGUCGGACAUUGGGCCCCAGUUGUCUACCUCCUUCACGGGACUGGCAGACGUCGAGCGGAAGGCGCAAGAUCUGCAUACAGUACAGUCUCAGGACGACAUGGUCACUAUCAUGUCUACAGUGGACGAAUACGCGCGAUUGAUCAACUCUGUCCGGAUGGCCUUCAGCUCGCGCAUCCGGACAUACCACCAGUGGCAGACAGCGGACGCCCACCUCAGGAGCACGAAGCAGAGGCACGAGUCGCAGCGCGCACAGGGCCGACUGCCCUCAGAUCAGCUCAGUCGUUCGCUGUCCAUGGUCGCAGAUGCGGAGCGGCGAGCUCUGGACGCGAAGACGGAGUUCGACCAGACGUCGAGGCUCGUCAAGACAGAGGUGGCGCGCUUUGAGCAGGAGCGCAUCGAGGAUUUCAAGAACUCGCUCGAGGCCUUCUUGGACGGGAUGAUCGCACGACAGAAGGAGCUCAUCUCCACAUGGGAGAACUACCAGCAAAGAAUGUUGAAGGUCGCUGUUCCGGCAGGCCAACGGAGGAAUACGGACGCGGUCGUCGCUCCUGUAUCAUAGCGCUUAGUGCUGUUGGCUUUGAAUUUGAACCUUGCAGCUGUCAUGUAAACCAUGAUAAUAUCAUACUGUCACACCGGAC